AUGCAACAAUUCUUGACACCGAAAGAUUAUACUACCGUGGAAACAAUAUUUGCACAUCCUGGUAUUCAAGAACGUUUAAAAGGUUACAAUUAUGAUCCAGAUUUCUAUCCAAGAUGUUCAUGGCUAAAUCGAAGUGUACCCAGUCCUCAAUCCAUAUUAGAGACAGUGGCUCUUAUGCGUGCUGAAAAACUGAGCGCAUCUAUUGUACUACCAUCAUGCGAUGAAGCUGCAAACAUCGGUAAAACACUUGAACAAAUAAUUUUCUUCCGUGACUUUGAACUUGGAAGCAUCGGAGUGUAUGAUAAUUCCUCACGCGAUAAUACACGAGAAAUUGUACAAGCGAUGAAUGUACCACUCUUUAAGGCUGAAGAAAAGGGAGCGCAAUACAAUAUACCCGAUGAAAUACACCAUAAAGGUACCAAUUUGUGGUUUGGUAUUAUCGAUGCUUUGCGUACUGUCAAAGAUCCAACUAAACACAUAGUUCUAUUUGCUGACACCGAUGUGGGAUUAAGUGUAAUCGAACUUAUGCAGCUUCUUCGUGUAUUCUCAGAAAAACCAGGUUUAAAACUUGUUUUACCAUUUGUAACGCGGCUUACCAAAAGAGGCCAAGAAGAUGGCAACCUUACAAGUGGCGGAAGAGCCAGUAAGUUUACUUGGGGACCAAUGCGCGACACGCUACUUAGUCUCUAUGUACCUGAUAUAAUUGAACAUCCAGCACAAUUAGCAGGAAUAUAUGGAGCAAAUUUGGAAUUUUUAGCAAACAUAGAUAUACCACAUGGAUAUGGAGUCGAAACAGCAAUACAGACCGAAGCAUAUAUCUCUGCUUAUCGUAAUGGUCUUACUGCAAAUGAAGUUAUUCAAUUCGUGCCAUGCGGUGUUUAUUCUCAAACUGGCCAAGGCGAUCAUGGGAUUCGUUUAAUGUCGCAUGAUAUUGCACAUGAACUCAUGAGCCGAGUUAACGCACUGAAAAUGCUACAACUAAGUGAUAUACUUAAUGCAAAAGCAGACAUAUCAAAUUCAUGCACUUCUGCCAUUCUUGAACAAUUACAAAGUAUGGAAUCAAAAUCUCUGAGUUCAGAGAUUCCUCAAUCGUUAUCAGAAGCUACACAUAUUCGAAUGAGAAGAAAAUUAUUGGCAGAUCAUUUGUGGAAAGUAACCAAUGGAAAAGUAGAUCGUUUAGAUUGUCAUAUGAUUUGCCGAGUAGCUUACUAUUUACCACCGCCUGGACAAUAUCUCAAAGAAUUUACAAAAGCAAAGGAUUCAUGCAGAACAAAUGGGUCAGACAAGUAA